AUGAAAAUUUUGUUGGUGUUUGACUUUGACAAUACAAUCAUAGAUGACAAUAGUGAUACCUGGAUUGUACAAUGUGCUCCAGACAAAAAGCUUCCUAUUGAACUACAAGAAUCUUACCAAAAAGGAUUUUGGACAGAAUUUAUGGGCAGAGUCUUUAAAUACUUAGGAGAUGAAGGUGUACAAGAAGAUGAAAUGAGAAGAGCAAUGACGUCAAUGCCUUUCUCCCCUGGGAUGGUGGAACUUUUCAACUACAUAAGAAAAAAUAAGGAGACAUUUGACUGCAUCAUUAUUUCAGAUUCAAAUUCAGUCUUCAUAGAAUGGAUUUUAGAAGCUGCCAAUUUUCAUGAUAUGUUUGAUAAAGUGUUUACAAAUCCUGCAGCGUUCAAUAGCCACGGCUAUCUCACUGUGGAAAAUUAUCAUGCACAUUCUUGCAAGAGGUGCCCAAAGAAUCUUUGUAAAAAUGUAGUUUUGGAAGAUUUUGUAGAUAAACAGCUACAAGAGGGAGUGAAUUAUACUCGAAUUGUUUAUAUAGGUGAUGGCGGAAAUGAUGUCUGUCCAGUGACCUUUUUAAAGAAGGAUGACGUUGCCAUGCCGCGGAAAGGAUACACUUUACAGAAGACACUUUCCAGAAUGUCUCAAAAUCUUGAGCCCAUGGAAUCUUCUAUUGUAAUUUGGUCUUCAGGUGUUGAAAUAAUUUCUUAUUUACAAUUUCUAAUAAAGGAAUAAUACACCAA